GUAACUUGUUGCAGAUGGGAGGUGGACCGAGUGGGGAGCACUCUGCCGCUUGGACUAAACCACUAAAGAGCACACAGGGAGAGUCUGGGAUUUCGACAGGUGACUGCAGCAGCUCGGCCUGACUGGGAUUAUGAUUUGGACUAGGAGUGAUUCCAUUCAUCAAAAUCAACUAAUAAAACGUGUCAUGUGAGGAUCUUGCCGAACAUCUCCUCUGGAACGGGUCUGGGAAUUCUCAUCAAAGACGUCCUUCUGUGACCUCCAUAGCCUUGGAAUAUUGGAUUGGGAUUUUUGCUUUGGGAAUAUUGGAUUGAAGAUUGUUCUGACAGCUUGACAGGUCUAGAUAGCAGGCAGUCAGCCCCAGGCCACCUCCCUUUCAGCUUUCUACAAAAACCAAACUUCAAUUUGAAGAACCUCUCCAACUAAAUUUGCUCCUUCGUCCAGUGAUUUUAUCCAAUAUUUUUUUUACAAAAGAGAUACAAUCUUUCUUGAGCCCAGAGAGACAGACAGACUCUUCGAGGAGCGAGGUCAGCACCUACGCCUUGAACAUUAUCAUCCAUCAUCGGUCAUGGAGGCUGUGGCAGCUAGAAUGGCCAUGGUGACCGACUCCCCCAACCUGUCGCUGAGGUCGAGGACCACUGUGACGACAGACGGCGACUCUUUCGUGAGCACCGCCAGCCUUCCCUGCGGCCACUUCCUGUCCGCCAACGUCAUCAACGUCGUGGAGAAAUGUAUGAGCUCCAUGCAGAUGGGGACCCAGAUGGUGAAGCUCCGCGGCGGCUCCAAGGGACUGGUGCGGUUCUUCUUCCUGGACGAACACAAGUCCUGCAUCCGCUGGAGGCCCUCGCGCAAGAACGAAAAGGCCAAGAUCUCCGUCGACUCCGUCCGGGAGGUGCGUGAAGGGAAGCAGUCUGAGAUCUUCCAGCGCUACUCGGAGGGCUGUUUCGACCCGAACUGCUGCUUCAGUCUGUACUACGGAGAGCACAUGGAGUCCCUGGACCUGGUUUCCGGCACCGGAGAGGAAGCGCGGACCUGGAUCACAGGCCUCAAGUAUCUGAUGGCGGGCAUCAGCGAUGAGGACAGCCUGGCCAAGAGGCAGCGCACCAGAGACCAAUGGCUGAAGCAGACCUUCACCGAGGCUGAUAAGAACGGGGACGGCAGCUUGAGCAUCGGCGAGGUGAUGCAGCUCCUGCAUAAGCUCAACGUCAACCUGCCCCGACAGAGGGUCAAGCAGAUGUUUAAGGAGGCAGACACAGACGACAACCAGGGAACAUUGGGCUUUGAAGAGUUCUGCUCCUUCUACAAGAUGAUGUCAACCCGCAGGGAUCUGUACCUCCUCAUGCUCACCUACAGCAACCACAAAGACCACCUCAACACAGAUGACCUGGCCCGCUUCCUAGAGACUGAGCAAAAGAUGACCAAGGUGACCAAGGACCAUUGCCUGGAGAUUAUCAACAAGUUUGAGCCGUGCUCUGAGAACCAGAAGGAAGGAGUUCUGGGAAUUGAUGGUAUUACGAACUACACUCGCAGCCCGGCGGGGGAUAUCUUCAACCCAGAACACUACAACGUGAACCAGGACAUGAACCAGCCGCUGUGCAACUACUUCAUCGCCUCCUCACACAACACCUAUCUGAUGGGGGACCAGCUGAUGUCCCAGUCCAGGGUAGACAUGUACGCCUGGGUGCUGCAGGCCGGCUGUCGCUGUGUAGAAGUGGACUGUUGGGACGGUCAGGACGGUGAGCCCAUCGUCCACCACGGCUACACCCUCACCUCCAAGAUCCUCUUCAAAGACGUCAUCGAAACCAUCAACAAGUACGCCUUCGUCAAGAGCGACUACCCGGUCAUCCUCUCCAUCGAGAACCACUGCAGUGUUCUCCAGCAAAAGAAGAUGGCCCAGUACCUGACUGAGAUCCUGGGGGACAAACUGGACCUGUCCAACAUCAAAGUCGACGAGUCCGGAUGGUUGCCGUCGCCGGCGACACUCAAGGGCAAGAUUCUCGUCAAGGGGAAGAAACUGCCUUCCAACAUUGAUGAGAACGCAGAGGAGGGGGACGUUUCCGACGAGGAUAGUGCUGAUGAGAUGGACGACGACUGCAAGCUGAUGAACGGAGAUACAUCAGCCAACAGGAAGCAGAUGGAGAACAUGGCCAAGAAAAAGCUGGACAAUCUGAUGAAGGAGUCUAAGAUCCGAGACCGAGAGGACCCGGACAGCUUCACCAUCGCGGCCCUCCCUCCUGCCGGGAAGCCCACGGACAAAGCCGGCUCCAAGGUCAAAAGUGAUGACGGGACGGACACGGCGGACGAGGGCAAUCCCAGCAGCAACAAGCGUACGGGACGCUCCUUCAUGGGGAGCUUCUCUAAACGCAAGAAAAAGACAACCAAGCUGAAGAAGACGUUGAGCUUUGAGGACACGGACACGGACCAAGAGAGUACAAGCAGCGCCUCCCGUGCCCCUUUGCACCACAACAAGAAGAAGAAGACCAUGAAGUUAUCCAGAGCUCUGUCUGAUCUGGUCAAAUACACGUGCUCUGUGGGUCUCUAUGACAUCGAGGCACAAGCCAGCUGCAGCUGGCAGGUGUCGUCGCUCAGCGAGACCAAAGCCCACCAGGUGAUGCAGCAGAAAGCGGCGUCCUUCAUCCACUUCAACCAGCGGCAGCUUUCCCGCAUCUACCCGUCCUCCUACCGCGUGGACUCCUCCAACUUCAACCCCCAGCCCUUCUGGAGCGCCGGCUGCCAGCUCGUCGCACUCAACUACCAGUCCGAGGGCCGCGUCCUCCAGCUCAACAGAGCCAAAUUCUACAACAACGGCAACUGUGGCUACAUCCUGAAGCCGGCCUGCCUGUGUGAAGGUGCCUUUAACCCCAGCCUCGAGGACCCUCUGCCAGGUCAGAUGAAGAAGCAGCUGGUGCUGAAGAUCAUCAGUGGACAGCAGCUGCCCAAACCCAAAGACUCCAUGCUCGGAGACAGAGGAGAGAUCAUUGAUCCCUUCGUGGAGGUGGAGGUCAUCGGCCUCCCAGUGGACUGCUGCAAGGAGCAGACCAGAGUGGUGGAUGAUAAUGGGUUCAACCCGAUGUGGGAGGAGACUCUGGUGUUCACGGUCCACAUGCCGGAGCUCGCCCUGGUGCGCUUCCUCGUGUGGGAUCAUGACCCCAUUGGCCAGGACUUCAUCGGCCAGCGCACCAUCGCCUUCAACAGCAUGAUUCCAGGUUAUCGCCACGUGUACUUGGAAGGUAUGGAGGAGGCUUCCAUCUUUGUUCACGUAGCUGUGAAUGACAUCACUGGUAAGGCCAGAGCAGCCACCGGCAUAAAAGGGCUGUUUCACAGAAACCCAAAGCAGGCUUCCCUAGACAGCCAUGCUGCUGCGCAGCACAGCCGUAAGCACCCGUUCGGUGCCCACCUCCUGCGCCGCACAGCCAGCGCACCUACCAAAGGCCAGCCCAAAAUCAAGAAGGGCUUCCCAGAGAUCGCCAUCGAAACCAAAGACUACAGCUCAGAGGGUGCCAGUGAAGAACGAGAGUCUGAGGACAGGGACAAGGCCUCCGCUGCCACCUCUCACCAGCCCACAACACCACAAAACCGCAACAGGGAAUCGCUGGCAUCCCGACCAGCCAAGGGCCCCUGGGACCGUCCUGACACCAAUGGGGCUAUUCACCCUGAGGAGGGCAAAGAUUGUUCCACAGUGCAGAGGCCAGCUCCUCUUCCACUGAACUCUGACGGCCCCAGAAACCCUUGUGUCAUCCGUUCUGUCUCCACUCCAGAAGGCAGCUUGUCUUCACGUCACUCCUCAUCACCACUGCACUCUCCAUGCACAGCAAUAAAUGCAAACUCCCCAUUGGCCGUUCCUUCAAAUGGGGCGGUGCAAACGCCAAUCAAGUUGAAGAAACCUCCUGCCCUUUCCAGAACUGCAUGUCCCCUUUCGACAAACUCUGCUGACCAAACCGCACCGGCACAGUGCGGUCAAGACCUCCAGGCCAACCGAGGCACUGAGUUAUUCAUGGAGCACAUGCCAAACCAGAGGGAAAACCAAGAAACUCUGACGGAAAAGAAAACUGAUGCAGCAGAGGUAAAGUCUAACCACGGACUGGAGGCCCCCGGAGCCCCUGCAGUUCCUAGUGCUCCAACAGUCCAGGCCAGGAGAGCCCUGUUUAACAAUCAGCCAUCAAACGUACCAGUAAGGAGAACAAAAAGUGAGGGCCAUGUUCGGGUGACUGUAGCCUCAGCCGGCCAUGACCAGUCGGCAGUGCCAGAGGUCUGCACGGACGCUACCGUGAAUGACCGCCUGUGGAGCAAGCUGGAGCCGGGCAGCCACAGAGACAGCAUGUCUUCCUCCUCCAGCAUCUCGUCCAGCGACACCGUCAUUGAUCUGUCCCUGCCAAACCUGGCCAGGAAGAGCUUCACCACCCUGCCCACAGCCGGCAGCACCUGCGAUCCUCACUGGGUCACGUGCCGUCGCUCAGCGCUGGUCUCCUACGACGCCCUCCGAGUCAGCAAGAGCAAGUCAAUCCCCAAUCUUCAGCAAGGAGACUGCCCCAAGGAUGAGCUUCAGCCCCGCCCCCUGCAGCCUUCCCAAGAAGCUUCCGUGGACUCACCCAGCAGACUGACUCAAAGGAGGCACACCUGGAGUCGGCUCUACAUGGAGGGACUCAAGCAGUCGUCAGCCAGCAGGCCGUCUUCCGCGCCCACGACCCCGACGGCUACCGCCUCCAUGUCCAAAAGCCUCGGGGACCUGACCUCCGAUGACAUUUCCUGUAACUUUGACAGUAAGUACCACAGCAUCAGCCGCAGCUUCAUUGUUAGGCCAGCCAGGGACCAGCUCCGCAAGGGCGGCCUGCAGAGGUCUCGGCCGCCCAACGACCUCACAGAGCAGCUACGGAAGCUGACUGAUGUGGAGCCACUGACCGCCAGUGACUUCGCUCCGGAAAAAAGGCCUGCAGAGUCUCAGGAGGAGUUUGUCGAUGAGAACAUUAUGCGAAGGACCUCCUCGAGGAGCCAAAGCCGGGUCCGCUACAUUGCAAACAGGGCCAAGAAGGCCCAGGAGAGGCUGAGGCUCCAGGGCCUGGUCCAGGGCAGAAGUGCAAGCUUCAGCAUUGGCAGCGGAAGUGGUGCUAGCCCCAUUGAGGAGCGGGGGAACCCUGAAGGCGCGUGUUGCGUGGCCCAGAGUGCCUGCUCCAGUCUGGACCUGCUGAGUCAGCUCACCCCCCUUGGAACACCCUCCCCUAGACAGUCCCAGUCCCCCCCAGACCCAGAAAACAGUGACGUUUUUUUCAUGCUCAAACUCUAAAGAACUGGCAGACUUGGAACUGAGUGUGAGAGACACAGCUAGAAACUUGUUUGGAAUACGAUCCAGUUGUUUCUCAAUUAGAAACCCUUUCUUGUUCUUUUUUUGGACAAAGUUGCAUAUCUUGCAGAAUUUCUCAGAUUAUUUCCGCACCUCGCAGAAAACUGAGCUCCAUUGAAAUGAUGAUCCAUGAACAAUCACUUCUACAGCUUGAGGUUGUGCAAGAUCCAUUUUUUAACCUGCGCUGUUGUCUACUAAACAACUACUGCAUCUCUGCCAUCUGUUUGCACCAAAUGUUAGAGAUUUGCCAGAAUGUAUUUAGUGAAAGAUACCAGGUGUUUUUAUAUAGCUGUUGACUACUCAUCUUUUUUUAAUUUUAAUUUUAUUUUUACAUGAGCAUACAGUAGCAAUGGGUCUACUUGAACUGUACUGGUUUUAACUGAGCUGAAAGAUAGAUACUUCAUGUCAAGGCAUUAUUGUCAGCCCAUCCAUCCACUAGCAAUAUUUAGAAAAUGCUGGCAUGGUAUCAUAUUGAUGUUUGUUUGACAGUUUGAUGCUAGAAGCUGAGGCUUGUCUCAUGUCUU